CCUCAGGAUACUGGAGCCCAUGCGCAACAUUGAUUUGGUUUGGGAUCCGGUUAAAGCGCCGGACAUCCGCUUUUCGUCCUCUCAUUUUCGUAAACAACACCCGCGCCACGAGAAGUCAGUGAGUAGAACUUCCCUGGCAGAGGCUGUAUACGCGUGGCCGUGUGAGAGCAUUUCGAGAGGGGAGGCGGGCCUGCUGACCGAUUUGACAUAGCGUGCGUACGUUGAAGGCUUCAAUAUUUAGUUUGGAGCGAGGUUUCAGUAAACCCGGGACAGUGUUUUGAGCACUAGAAUCGUUGGCCAUGGUGACGCUUGAGGAGGAAGCCAAAAGAGAAAGUUUAGGGUUGAAAGUCGAUGCAGGAGGAAUUGAAGAGAGAAGUUUAUUACGAAUACAGUGGUCUUGAGUGCUGUUAGAGGUAUGAGGGAGGUUAUCAUUUCCCGGUUGCUCACACCGUGGAAGGGUUCUUCUAGAGGUACCGGGCUUCCGAUAUAGUUGAGUCUUCAGUUCCCAUGUGUCGGUUCUGGGGAAUAAUAUAUCCAAGAAUGGUAUUUUGUUGUUUGAUUUCUGUUCCGUUGUGAAUUUGAUGUCAUCAAAGACGUUGUUGACCAAAUUAUGGGUGUUUCCCAGCUCGUCUUUUUUGACUAUGAUUAAUGUGUCGUCCACAUAACGAAUCCAAAAUUUUUGGCUUGAUCACUGGUAAGAUCGAGGCUCCCAGUUCCUAUAUCCCUGCUUCGGUCUGGGUAUCCGGGCAGUAUCACAGCCCAUACACAUAUCAAAAGACUUGUGGGGCGCAUAUCUAUUUGGUACCUUCUAUUACCAAUGUUUAUGUGUUUAAAUAAUAAUCUCCGCACCACUGAUUAUGCAAUAAGUCAUUAUAUUGAUGAUCCCAUCAGUGUUUCUUUCGUUUGUUCGUAGAUUUUGUUAUGAAAAUAUGUUAUUAAGCAUAAAUCGAUGAGUUCUAGUAAACUCUGACUUUGAAGCUUCGUGUACUUUGCGAGAUUUGUGUCGUUGGUGAGAAACAGGGAUAGAGUCUCCUUUGCUAAGCUUGGUUCAAUUGAGGUGAACAAGGCUGUUACAUAGAAGGAUAUCAUCAGUUCGUCGUUUAGGAUUUGAAUGUCCUUAAUCUGACUCAGGAAUUGUACGGGAGAUUUGAUGGAGUGACUAGAUGAAUCCACCAAAUGUCUCAAUAUUCAUGAGAUUUCUAUUGGCAAAUUGUAUGUCGGGGAUCCAGGGAGUGCUACGAUCGGACGUAGUGGGAUGUUUGAUUUGUGUAUUUUCGGCCUACCGUAGAAUCGAGGGAGUACUGGUCCAUUGGAUUUCAUUUUUUAUUGAUCUUGAUGUAAUAUUUUUCCUUCUUUGAUAAGCUCGUUUUAAGUCCUUGAGAUUUGGUUGCCUUAUCUUUUGACUGUAUUUGAGUUCGUCGGUUUGUAUACGCUUUUAUCUCCAAGUAGUUCCCCGGAUUUCCUGAUAUAUUUCUUGUCCAUAAUCACUAGCGCGUUCUUUGUCCGCUGGAACUAUGACAAUAUUUUAUCUAGUCCUGAGUUUCUUUAAAACCUUUUGUUCUUGUGAAGUCAGUUGGGUGUUGUCUUUCUUCCAUUGGGUUAGCGGUACUAUGGUUUGUCUUAUUUCUUGUUGAGUUCCUUCACUUAUUCCGGCAGUUUUGAGUGAUGACUCUAAUGUGGCGAAGAGUUCUAGUGUUGAGGCGUCACUUGUAUUUUAAACCUUUUUGGAGUAUGUACUCUUAUAUCCUGGUGAUAAACAUGCGAGUUAGUCGAGUGAGACGCAAGCACGUAUAGACUGGGUCUUGCUAAUAUAACAUCGCGACUAGGUCAUGCUCUGUGACCUAAAGGUGACUUUUAUUUUUUGUAAACAAGUGGUAUCGCUGCUCCUAAAAGUAUUAAACAAAAUAGUAAAUUAAUAUAUUUGUAAUAUCCCAAUGAGUAGAAAAAUUAAAUUUUCUGACGUUUCGUGACUCGGUGUAAGCCACCUUUUAAGAGUAUAAUAUUUCUACUCAUUGGAAUGUUACAAAUAUAUAAAUAUAUUUAUAACAAUCUACCUAAUGCUCAAUUUAUUCGAAAUUAUCAAGUCAAACCCUGGUAAUGAUACCUAAAAAAGUAGUAAAGUGACCAACAUAUCUGUAGAUAUGUGGUAGCUAGCUGAUCAAAGUGACCUACAUCCAAAAUUCUUUCGCACUAUCUUAUUUCAGUGCUUUCCUAGUUCGGCGAUGUAAUAUGCGUAUGUAAUUCUAGUUUUUUUUUCUGAAGCUUUACUUGUAUGAUUAACUUUUUAUCCAGACAUUUAAAUAUCCAUUUUCCCACACUUCAGAAGUUUCGCAGUAGUAGUAGCAGCAACAGUUUCUUACAAUAUAUUACUAAUUACCAUUAAGUUACUUCGUUUCUCAAGUUUAACAUCUCACUACUGUCGAAGUUUGACAGUGCGACUACCGUCAAUGAAGACAGAGCAUAUUUUCAUUCCACAAUUUAAUCCUGUCGUCGGAAGAAUGCAGUGGAAAGAUGUGGAUCCAGAUUAUGAAUUUAACCAAGAAAUAGCUCGAUCUGGAUAUGGUGAUAUGCUUCAUGAUUCCGAUCGAAAUCAUAAGUAUCGAUUAGCUAUCGAACACACCAUUAAACGUCUUAAACAGCAGUAUCCACAAAAUCCUGUCCAUGUGCUCGAUAUUGGAACUGGAACUGGUUUACUGAGUAUGAUGGCUGUUAAUGCUGGAGCUGAUUUAGUUACUGCCUGUGAAUCCUUUAUUCCAAUGGCAACGUGCGCACUCAAUAUAUUACGGAACAAUGGGUUUAGUGACAAAAUUAACAUCAUACCGAAACGCUCCACUGAUUUAAUUGUUGGAGUAGAUAUGCCGUGCAAAGCUAACGUGUUGGUUGCAGAAUUAUUUGAUACCGAAUUAAUUGGUGAAGGUGCCUUAGAAACAUACAGACACGCAGCCGAGCACUUACUGACACUCGAUGCUUCUCUUAUUCCAUGUGCUGCUCAGGUUUAUUUACAGGUUGUUGAAUCUCAAUUUCUUUGGUCUCACCAUCGCUUAUUUCCAUUUCAAUAUAAAAUUGGUGAUACGACUAUAGAUAUAAAAGAGUUUCAGCAUGCAGAAAUCGAAUCAUGCUCAGGACUUCCAUCAACAUUUGAUAUUCAAGUAUCGGAGAUUCAAUUAGAAGAUAGUCAAUUAAUUUCAUGUGAUAGGCAGUUACGCUGUCUUUUGAAGAGUCCUCGAUUGGUUAAACGAUUUAACUUUGGACCGCCUGCAGAUCUUAUUAAAUUAAACGAUGUGUUAGAUUUAGAAUGUACUACUUUUGAGUCUGGUACAGCGCAUGCAUUUAUUGUGUGGUGGUCUUUACAAAUGGAGCCUACAAACUCAGUUCCACCAAUCAGUGUUGCGCCCACUUGGGCAGGAGAUCCUAAUUCUGCUUGGCGAGAUCAUUGGAUGCAAGCGGUGUAUUUUCCCAAGAUUGCUCACUAUUUAAUCAAAAAUGAGUCGUUUAUGGUCAGAUAUCUUCAUGAUUCAUUGUCCAUGCGAUUCGACAUACUUCCUGUACCUAAUUUUAAUGCUAAACCUGAUACUUCUUCACUUGAUGUCCGAAAUGAAAUGUCCUGCUUAUCAUGCUCAUGUGAUCUUCAUCGUGUAUGGCCCCGAACGCGCAUUUCUGAGUUGAAUUCGUCGGAUUACAAAACAUUUUCCACUAAAAUCAUUAAUUCACUUAUUACGGUAUCACAAAAAUACCCAACUUCAUUAUUUAAUGUAUUAGUGGUAUCAGAUUGUACAUAUUUACCUUUUUUACUCGGAAAAAGUUUAGCAAAACAUGCAAAGCAGUUUCAAUUAGUCCACUUGGAUACAUCACCAUCAUCGUGUUUACUUUUAGAUCGUAUUUAUAAGUCGUUUUCAUCGUCCUGGGCGAUUAUAGAGAGUUGCCAAUCGAUUGAGGAAGUUUUCUCAAGAAUGACUCCUAACAUGUUCACAAAAACUAAUCCGACUGAAUCAACUUUAAUUUUGAUCAGUGAACCGUACAUAAGUUCAUCAAUACUUCCUUGGGAUUCUUUAUACUUUUGGUAUGCCUUUCAGAACUUGCUUUCACAUAACCCAGCUUAUUCAUCUUUGUAUUUAUUUAGCCCUGUUAGACUGCGCAUCUAUGCUAUUUUGGUUGACUUCAAAAAUCUUUGGCGCAUUCGUUCGCCAGUUGGAUUCACUUGUGAAUCUUUUGAUUUACGCCCAUUCGAUGAUUUAGUUUUAGAUGCAUCGGCUAAAAGUGAUGAGUUAAUUGAACCACAUCCUCUGUGGGAAUAUCCUAAUACGGCUAGAUCCGAUGCUUGUGUCAUUUUUGAUAUGGUUCUACCAAACAGUUCCGAUUUAGGUUCAGAUUUCCAGUAUGCUGAUUCUAAAAAGUUAAUUCAUUGCAAACAAAACACUUUAACUACAUCAUCCUCAUCUGUUAAUGGUAUAGCAUUGUGGUGUGAAUGGCUCUAUAAUACCCCUGCUACACACCAUUCCAACGAAACUUGGUGGUAUGCACCAGCUGGUCCCAACAAAAUUACAACUUUAAAUGAGCCUAUUUCUUGGAAAUCUCGUGGAACACAACAGGGUGUUUUUCUUUUUCCGUCGGAAUGGAAGGCAAAAAUUUCAUCGAAUGAUUUACUACGAAUUUCUGCAUGUAUGGAUUUUGAUAUUUCGACAGGAGUUUUGUCCCCGUCAUUUAAAAUAAUAUAAAGACUCCUUACCUUUUUUUCUUAUCAUGUCAUAUUUUGCUAUUUUUCGGUUAAAAUCAAACAAUUUUUAUACAAAUAAGAAGUCUUCCUUAGAUCUUAUCUUACUCUUAUAAGAUGGCCGAAAAUUUUGCUGUAAAUAUUCAAAAUCAUGAAUAACUAUCUAGUCAGUGACCUAUUGUUUCUUCUGAUUCACAGUCGAUCAUAUCAAAAUUGACACCAAAUCUUGUUUAUUUUACUUCCCUCUUGCAUAUAAAUCGACAUCUCAUUGACCUUAUUAGUAAUUUCCUACCC